GGAAACAUCAUCUCUUCUUCACACAUUUGUUACAGUCAUCUGUUUGAUGACAGGAUGGCUUGCCGAUUAUGGCAAUGCCCAGUUAGUGAAUUGCAAAGCAUCUGACAGAGAAACUCUUAUUGACUUCAAAAGCGGACUCGUGGAUCCAAAGAACCUGCUCUCAUCAUGGGAAGGGAGCAAUUGCUGUCAGUGGUGGGGAGUAGGUUGCAACAAUUGGACAGGAGAUGUUAUUGUUGUUGAUAUCCACAACCCAGAUAAAGUUCCAGAAAGCUGUGGGUUGCGUGGGGAAAUUAGAUCAUCAUUAGCAAAUCUCAGUUCCCUGGAAUAUUUAGACUUGAGUUUUAAUGCAUUCAUUCACAACCAAAUUCCUAUCUUCUUUCAAUCUUUCAAGAAGUUGCAAUAUCUAAACUUGGCAUAUGCAGGGUUUGAUGGUAAAAUUCCUCCAAAUUUGGGAAACAUCUCUACCUUGCAGCAUGUUGACAUCUCUUCCCUUGCCUUCAGUACGAAUUUAGCUGCUGAUGAUAUUAGAUGGGUGACUGGUCUCACGGCCCUAAAAUAUCUAGCUAUGGAUAGAGUUGACCUAUCAAUGGUAGGUUCAAACUGGGUUGAAGCAUUUAACAUGCUUCCAUACUUAAGUGAUUUGCACUUAUCUGCUUGUAACCUACCUAGCCCCCCCUCAUUUCUUAACUUUACUAAUUUUAGUUCACUUGCUGUGUUAGACCUUAGUCAUAACAUCUUUCACUCAUUCCCUCAAUGGCUUGUGAACGUCAGCAGCCUCAUGUACAUUGAUCUCAGCUUUAACUCCAUUUGGGAUAGCAUUCCAGUUGGUUUUACCAAGCUGCCAAAUCUGCGGUUCUUGAAUCUUUGGGGCAACGGUCUCACGGCCAGCACCUAUCAAUUGUUCGAGGAGAGUUGGAGCAAAAUAGAAGUUAUUCAAUUGGGAUUCAAUUUUGUGCAGGGUAAGCUACCACCUUCUAUUGGAAACAUGACAUCUCUCACUCAUCUUGCUUUGCCAGGCAACAGUAUAGAGGGCAACAUUCCAAACUCAAUUUUCAAGCUUUGCAGUCUGGAAUAUCUUGAUUUAUCAUAUAAUAAUCUAACAGGAAGUUUACCUGAACACCUUGAAGGGACAAAGUAUUAUCUUUAUGAAAGUCCAUUGCCUCAUUUGCAGAACUUGGUGUUGACCAGAACUCGUUUGGUUGGUAUAUUGCCAAAUUGGUUGGGUCAACUUCAAAAUCUUGUUCAACUAAAUUUGGAUUCCAAUUUCUUCCAUGGUUCUGUCCCUGCUGCUUUUGGGACAUUGAGACAUUUAGCUGUCCUGAUACUUAAACAGAAUGAACUGAAUGGAACUCUUCCAAAUAACUUGGGGCAGAUCUCAAACUUGUCCAUCCUAGAUGUCUCUUCCAAUCGUUUGACUGGAACACUCCCUGAUAGUUUGGGCAAGCUUUCUGAAUUGUCAUUCCUAGAUGUUUCUUCCAAUUGUCUCACUGGUAUUGUCUCUGAAUCUCAUUUUGCAAAGCUAACAAAAAUCAAAGUCCUAAGCUUUUCUUGGAAUUCUUUCAUUUUCAAAAUUAGUCCUAAUUGGGAUCCACCAUUUCAAGUUGAGUCCCUCUUGCUGUCUUCAUGUCGUUUAGGUUCAUUUCCAGGAUGGCUUAAAUCACAAAGGCAUCUUCUUGAUCUGGAUUUAUCAAAUGCUAAUAUGUCAGGCCCUAUACCCAGUUGGUUUUGGGAUAUUUCUGGCAACCUCUCUUUGUUAAACUUUUCUUCCAAUUCAUUAUGGGGUCAGUUACCAAAUAAAUUCAAAGUACAUUUUAAUGCAUUCACUGAUUUGAGUUUCAAUCUCCUUGAAGGGCCAAUUCCUCUUCCAACUAACCAAAUUAUAAUUUUAAAUCUUUCUCAUAACAAUUUUUCUGGCCCUAUCCCAGAAAAUAUUGGUGACUUGUCAUUCCUUAGCUUCUUUUCUCUUGCAAAUAACCAAAUUUCUGGUGAAAUCCCAACAUCUAUAGGGGAACUGCAGGUAGCAAGUGUCAUUGACCUUUCAAGGAACACUUUAACAGGAAGCAUUCCUAAGAGUAUAGGCAAUUGCCUUUACCUGGAGGUCCUUGAUCUUCAGAACAACAAUUUAUCAGGAAAAAUUCCAAGGUCUUUGGGUCAGUUAUCUGAUCUUCAAACAUUGCAUCUGAGGGACAACAUUAUCACAGGAAAACUCCCUUCGUCUUUCAAAGGUUUGUGGAGUUUGGAAACUCUGGACCUUGGAUACAAUAGAUUAAUAGGCAAAAUCCCACAAUGGCCUGGAGAUGCUUUUCCACAUCUAAAAGUUCUUAGCUUGAGAUCCAAUGCCUUUUCAGGAAAAAUUCCUUCUGCACUGUUGAAUUUGACUUCUUUGAAAAUCCUGGAUCUAGCAGAAAAUCAGCUGAGUGGAAGCAUUCCUCCAGGAAUGAGUAAUCUCAACGCCAUGACUCAAGAACAAAAUAUUAAGCAGGAUUUAAUUUAUGGGUGGGUGGCUGGUGUAUAUUAUGAAGAAAAUGUAAUUGUGAAUACGAAAGGCCAGUCUUUAGAAUACACAAGGACUCUUUCCUUUCUAACUUGCAUAGACCUUUCAGGGAACUAUUUACAUGGAGAGUUCCCACAUGAAGUAACAAAAUUGGCAGGAUUGGUGGUUUUGAACUUGUCAAGGAAUCAAAUCAGUGGUCAAAUUCCCCAGAGCAUUUCAGAAUUGCAUCAGUUGGCAUCACUUGAUCUAUCAUGUAAUAUGUUUUCUGGUCCAAUUCCUUCAAGCAUCAUCUCAAUGUCCUUUCUGGAGUUCUUGAACGUGUCAUACAAUAAUUUCUCAGGAAGAAUCCCUUACGCAGGACAAAUGUCAACUUUUGAGGCGUCUUCUUUUUCUGGGAAUCCUGGACUUUGUGGUGCUCCUCUUGCUGUUGAAUGUUCUGAUUCUGGUCCAUCUAUUCCAGGACUCAAUGGUGAGAUUGAUUAUGGCGAUGGAUACAUUGUUGAUAAGUGGCUUUACCUUGCCAUUGGGCUGGGAUUUGCAGCUGGUGUGCUGAUUCCUUAUCUGCUUAUGGCAUUUAAAAGGACUUGGAGCUACAUGUACUUUGAUUCUGUGGACAAAGUUGCUGAUGCAUUAUUAUAUUUGGGUUGCAAAACAUCAGCUUGUUUUAGGAACCAUUGUUAUCAUCGACGUUAA